AUGCCAGCUUACGGUGUUUCACCUCAGUUGCCAAAUAUUCCCUUGUAUGGUCAAUCACCCGUUUUAACACCACAAAGGGGUAAUUCAGAAACACAAUUAGGCGAUGGUCAAAGACGUGGAAGGGAAAGAACAUCAUUUUCUACUCCAAUAAAUGAUUCAGAAAUACCAACGCCAACGAAUAUGAGCGAUUUAGAUAGUUUACCAAUCUCUGAUGAACAAAAAGCAAGGAUUAUUUCAAGACAUCUAGCUCUUGCACGUACAGAAACGGGUGCAAUCUCUAAUGUAAGCUUCCCAACGUCCGAUCAACAUGAUGAGAGUGAAUCUGCAUCAGCAGCACGUUCAAGAGAUCACUCCCGAUCACGACCCAUAUCCGCUGCAGAAUCACAAGAUGCAAGUGAUUCACAAGUAUCAGAAGAAGUUGAAGAGUUAGAUGAUGGGUAUCACGGACCACAUCAAAUGCAAGGAGGUGCAAUAACAGACGAUGUUUAUCGAUGGGCACAUCAGAAUAAACGCAGAAUUGCUAAACGGACGCGAUCGGAAAGCGUUCAUCUACCACGUACAUCUACCAUUGAUCCUGAUCUAGACACAAGUGCGAUUCGUGAGCCAGGAGGUUUUCGUCGUUACUUCAUCUUGAAUCAAGCUGCCGAGCAAGGCAGACCACCUCCACGUGCGCUGAGAAGUUUCAUCGAUUUCCUAAGUCUGUAUGGACAUUUUGCUGGUGAAGAUUUGAACGAGCUGGAAGAUGACGAUGAGGAAGAUGAGGAAGACGAAGAAGAAGCUCUCGGAAGAGCAACGUCAAGUAGAGACGCAACUGAGAGAAGUCCCUUAAUCCGGAGAGGAACCUCCAAACGUCCCGGCGGUUCCCGCUUACGACGAGGAAGUACAAAUAACGAACGCAGACGGGGUGAAGCAACCGUAACGGACGCAGUGUUGAUGUUAUUGAAAUCAUUCGUCGGUACCGGAAUCUUGUUCUUGGGUAAGGCUUUCCACAAUGGAGGUCUUCUGUUCUCAACCCUGGUUCUGUGUGCUAUUGCCAUGAUCUCACUGGGUAGUUUCCUCUUACUCGUCAAAGUGAACCUCAAACACAAUGCCUCAUUCGGUGAAAUGGGUGGUAUUCUGUAUGGACCUAAGAUGCGAUCGGCUAUUUUGGCAUCUAUUGUCUUUUCACAAAUCGGUUUUGUGGCUGCAUACACGGUCUUUGUUGCACAAAAUUUGCAAGCAUUCGUUUUGGCCGUUACACAAUGUCGUACUUUGAUUCCAACAGUUUGGUUUAUUUUGGCACAAUGUGCCAUCUUCUUACCUUUGAGCCUGGUCAGAAAGAUUGCAAAGCUGUCUUCCACUGCAUUGAUUGCAGAUGUUUUUAUCCUGUUUGGAAUCAUCUAUCUGUUCCAAUUCGAGAUUCGACAAAUCGCACAAGAAGGAUUGGCAGAUGUGGUCAUGUUCAACUCCAAGACAUUCCCGCUCUUUAUCGGAACGGCAGUAUUCACAUUCGAAGGUAUCGGCUUGGUCAUUCCGAUCACCGAGAGUAUGAAAGAGCCAGAACGUUUCCCACGUGCUUUGUCCGGAGUCAUGGUUGGUGUGAUGCUCUUAUUCGCCACAAGUGGUGCUCUGUCGUACAUGUCAUUCGGAAGCGCAGUCCAAACUGUGGUGAUCACCAAUCUUCCGCAAUCUUCUAAAUUCGUUCAAGCUUUGCAAUUUUUGUAUUCUUUGGCAAUCCUGCUAAGUACGCCACUACAAUUGUUCCCUGCGGUUUCAAUUUUAGAAAGAGCAAUGUUUGCAAGCAAAAGUGGAAAAUAUAACGAAAAGGUAAAAUUAGGAAAGAAUGCAUUUAGAGCUUCAAUUGUGAUUGUUUCAACUUUUGCUGCUUGGUUAGGAUCAAAUUCUUUGGACGUUUUCGUUUCGUUUAUUGGUUCGACUGCUUGUGUUCCUUUAUGCUUCAUUUAUCCACCUUUGUUGCAUUUACGUGCUUGUGCGACAAAGAGAAGGACAAUCAUUUUGGAUUAUAUCCUUUUGGCCUUUGGAAUCAUUUGCGUGGUCUUUGCAGGAUCUCAGACGAUCGGAACGCUCAUCAGUGGAGGGGAAGGACCGGAUGAGCCCGUUUGUCGUCCUCCCAGUCUGUAA